AUGUCCCGCGUAGUACACGUUCUACGAGCCGGCAAGCUCGGCUAUCAAAAGUCACUGAAUCUGCAGAAAGUGGUGUCUUCGGCCGUACUAAAUGGGGAGCAACCAAAUGUGCUGAUCCUGACCGAACACGACCCGGUCUACACCGUUGGAAUCCGAACGAAGUCCUACGGCUCGGAAGAGGAACAUCGUCUGCGAGAACUGGGAGCGGAAUUCUUCCGAACUAACCGGGGCGGUCUAAUAACGUUUCACGGUCCGGGCCAGCUGGUGGCCUAUCCGGUGUUGAAUCUGAAACACUUCCAGCCCAGCGUCCGGUGGUACGUUUGCCACAUCGAGAAGACGGUGAUCGAUCUCUGCCGGAGGUACGGAUUGAAGGCCGGGACAACGGAGGAUACGGGAGUUUGGAUCGGCAAUAGGAAGAUCUGUGCGAUCGGAAUCCAUGCGAGCAGGUAUGUCACGACACACGGGUUGGCGCUGAAUUGCGAUAACGAUCUGAGGUGGUUUCGACACAUUGUCCCCUGUGGAAUCGAGGGCAAGGGAGUCACCUCGUUGAGUGGGGAGUUGAAUCGGGAAGUUACGGUUGGGGAAGCGACGCGGAAAUUUCUGGAAAGUUUCCAAGACAUUUUACAAUGUGAUUUGCUGGAGUAUGAUCCGGAGAAGCAACGUGAGAUUUUGGAACAUGCGGCGUAGGGACGUUCUUUUAGUUCGUAAGGUAAUAAUUCUCGACUCAGUGGACAGGACAGGUCACAGCCGAACAAAGCCAAUCGUUAUAUAUUGCGAAUAAAGCUCUAGCUACAUUUCUAAGCUAUUA